AUGCCAGGGUUGCCUCCUGGUCAUAUUAAGUUAUACAUCAUCAUAAAUUUGUAUCAUGUGGCGCCAUCUGAGGUAAAGGAAGGUAGGAAAGUUGGCCUCCUUAUACCGGAGAAGAUAAUAGGUGGCGUUAUCGAUAUCGUUCAUAACCACAAGAACAAACCAGGAUCACAGGGAUCUUAUCAGCAGCAAUCUCAGAGUCAGCAGAUAUAUCAGCCAACACCAGGAUACCAACCACAGUACCCUUCUCAGCCUCAAUAUCCACAGAAUCAAGGAAACUACCAAUCACAGUAUCAGAAUCAAUAUCAAAACCAAUAUCAGCAACAGAAUGGCAACUACGCGAGUAAUUAUUACUAUCCACAGGUUGGAUAUCCAACACCUUCGCAAAAUCCCACCCCGAUGUACCAAAACACGAUUCAACGACCGAACUAUGUAAACCAAGGCCAGCAAGGGCAAUAUCAGACCAUUUACCCACAAAACCAAAUUAAUCAGCAACAUCAAUCUUCAGGACAUUAUCAAUCUGGUCAGUUUCAAGGAGGACAGUAUCAGCAAACUGGCCAAUAUCAAGGUGGUCAGAAUCAACAAACUGGUCAAUACCAAAACAGCCAAAAUCAGCAAACAGGCCAAUACCAUGCCACUCAAAAUCAGCAAACUGGCCAAUACAACGGCGAUCAAAACCAACAGUCUAACUUUCAAGGUCAAAAUCAGUCAGGGAACCAAGGAGGAAUGAAUCAACCCAACAACCAAUUCCAAAUGCAAGGUCAAGGCUCCAGUAGCACUCAAAGCGGUGGUUUCCAAGUAUCUGGAGGUUCUCAAUCUGGUGGCCCUGGUCCAACCUGCGUAUGUCAAGCAUGGACUAAGCCUGACCCUCCAGUUAUGCACGACCCGACACAAAAAAGCCAAGAGAAGAGUGAGCCCAGUGAAGAGAGCAACAAGAUUUCUGUAUAA